CGCUAAAUACUACUGGCAUCAUUGAAGGGCGUUUGGAGGAUCUUUUUUAGUUUGUGCUUGGAUUGUUUGCAUGUUUGAAUCGCCUGUAAUUAUAUAAUGUAGGGCAUUAAAUUUGAAAUUCGGACACCAGUUAAGAUCACCUCUAAAAUAUCGUUACAAAUACAUGUAUUUUUCAUUGAUGAUUAAGUCAAGUGUAUUGGCAUAGGUCUUUCCCUUUGACGAAUCUGUUGGUCUUUUCUCUUUGCUUGUUUUUUGGAUCUCCCAAUGCAGCGAUUUGGUCAUGCAAGGCUUGUGUCUCAUCUCGUGUGAAACUUAAAGCAGUUGUAAUCACAGGUUUAAGAUGCUACGUUUGUUAGGUUAGUCUCAUCUACGGAUGUUCUACAGAAUCUUAACCCGUAUCUGCAGAUCAACAACAUUUUAGGGUAGAUUAUAUAACUCCAGCAAUUAGAUGUAGAUGGUUUGUAGUGGAUCGAUCAUUGACUCAACUCCAGGUGCAUAUCUUCAGAACUUGCACCUCUCAUCAAAAUGCUAUCAGUUCGUAAUCAUCAUCUUCAAAACCUCCGAAGCCGAAUAUGUGCAGACCAAAACAAGCACAUCGCCAUGCUUUAAGAAAUGAAGUUUAAGGGGGACUAUUUCAAACAGAUUAGGGAAUAAUGAAGAGAUUCCAUUCUGCAACCCAAGGAAGACGUGAAUCAUCGUCCGAUUAUCCUGCAGCUACCACAAAAUCUUCAAAUUCAAAUGAUUCACAAGCAUGGCGAAGUCGAAGAGGAUGUAGACCCACUUUUCGAUGUUGGUGUCUGGAAGUUCUUGCUCUCGCGAUGGGAGCGAUGGUUGUUGCAACAUUGUGGGCGAGACAAAAACCCGCUUCGCACGUGAGACUACCUUUCGUACUUCCAUUGUAUGCCGGAGUCUUCAAUGCUUCUUGGCAGACUCAUGCACCAUUGAAGGUGUCGUCAACGUUGGAUAGGCAUUCUCCUCGGAGAUCUCUCAUGACUAAAUCGGAGGCUCCAAAAUUCAUCUCGGAGGUUCGCCCUGCAUUAAAACACAUAGCGUACCAAAUCAAAGUGGAGGUGCAAGGAAAGGUAUUCCACAUGGCUCUGGACACUGGAAGCUACGCAUCGUGGUUGCUCUGUAACUAUCCUCCUUUCGCGCAAGGGCAAAAAGAAGUGUUCUAUUCACCCAAACCGAAGAACUACAUCUCAGCAGCGAAAUACAAAUCCCAACCCAAGCGAGCGCACACGCAAGCCUCCCUUCCACCGCUCUCAUUCAAGGAGUGCGGCCCAGACUUGGAGCAUGUCUGCUUCGAGAUCGAAGAUCGUCACCACCACUGGGGCCGAGUAGCAGCGGCGCUCGUCGAGGACGCCUUUACACUCGCUCCGGAAUUCCCCACUUCGCAAUCAGUUCCAGUGAGACUCCAAUUUGGGUGCGGGUUCCGAGUGGCGCAGAGAGGGAUGUGGUGGGCAACAGGCGCUGGGUCUGGCUAUGGCCAUGGAGUGAUGGGGCUGGGAAACAGAGGUCUGAGCGUGAGCAAGCAAAUGGCGGAUUCGGGGCUGGUGGACCACAUUUUAGGGUUUUGCUUCGCAUACGGCGUGUUCCAGAGCGACCAUGACCGGGAGCACCGCAAUACCGACACCGUGGGCUACGUCGUGCUGGGGCGGCCAUGGGACUACGACGACAAUGCGUACCAGUGGAUCCCCAUCGGGAGCUCCCCCAAACAUGGGUUUGAUGUCAUCUAUUUUGUGCACAUGCAAUAUGGGGAUUUGAAAUAUAAUAUUGUCAAAGAGAGUAAAUACUUUGGAGCAACCAUCAUUGACACUGGAACCAUGUACAUGCACUUGGUGCCAAAUUUGUUCCAACUUGUUUAUGAAAUUGUGAUUGAAAGUGCUUUUCAUCAUGGCUACAUUGAAGUUCAUAAUUAUGGUUACAAUACACACUAUUGGCGAAGUCCAGUAUUGGAUAGUUAUUUUUCAAUAUUUAAUCAUUUCCAUGAAAUGAAGUUAUUCUUUAACACGGAAUAUGAAGAAAAAUACACAUUUCAUAUAAGUCCAUUUGGGUAUCUUCAUAUAGUUGACACAAUAAAUAUUCCCGUGGAGAAUAGAAUUUUGCAUCAAUACAUUGUUGCUUUAGCCGUUCUAGAAAAAACUGAAGAAGAAGAUCAAGAUGCAUUUAAUGUAAUUGGAGGUAUAGCCCUGCGUGGAAAUAAAUUGAUAAUUGACCACGUCAAACAGCGAAUAGGUUUCAAACCAGAGUACAAAUGCGCUAUAGAAGGUUAGUUUUACAUGGUUUUUCCA